ACAUGACAUGGGAAUCAGAGUUAAGGGGAAAAAGAUGAAGUGAAGAGAGAGAGAAACGAGACACUAAAAACGAAUUGCGACGCAACCUGAUGACGCAACACCCGCUACUCUCUGGGGUCCGCGUUCCGCCGCCGCCGCUGAGCCAGACCACACCAGACCACCGGUAUCUCAGGGUGCCGAGUCUUGGCCGUUGACCCCACGAUGACUUCACGAGACCUGCUUGUUGUCCUGAGCCUGGUGGUUGCCACGGCAUGCGCUGGAGAGCUCAAAGUGGAGAAGUUGAAGGAGGAGACGUGUGACAGGCGAUCCAGUAACGGGGAUAUGUUGACCAUGCACUACACGGGAACACUCUUGGAAGACGGCAAGAAAUUCGACUCCAGCUUGGAUCGUGACAAGCCAUUCACAGUUCAGAUUGGUGUGGGUCAGGUCAUCAAGGGCUGGGACCAAGGCCUCCUGGACUUAUGCCCUGGAGAUAAGGUGAAGCUCACCAUCCCACCUGAGAUGGCCUACGGAGACCAUGGUGCUGGAGACGUCAUCCCUCCCAAUGCCUGGCUGGUGUUCGAAGUUGACCUUAUCUCUAUCAGUGAUGCUCCUCCUGCGGUGAACAUCUUCAAGCAGAUCGAUGGUGACAGUGAUGACCACCUGUCCAAAGAAGAGGUGUUAGACUACAUCAAGACUCAGCUGCCAGCUGAGGAGCUGGAGAAUGGGCAGGACCCACACAAGAUCACUGAGGAGAUCUUCCACCACGAAGAUAAGGACCGGGAUGGCUAUAUUUCCCACGAAGAGUUCUCCGGACCCAAGCAUGACGAGCUCUGAGGUGCCAGCUCCCCUCCCAUGUGAUCCUCUUCCCGCAUUACCACCUUCUUUUAUCUGUGGUACCUGAAGAGUUUUUAAUGUGUAGUAUUUGAUCUAUUUAAUGUUUUUAUCUUUUUACAGAGAUAAUAUAUUUUAGUCUUAACGGUUUUGGAGCUCUAAAUAGCCAGUUUUAUUUUCAUCUAUGCACAAAAUCUUUCCUGCUCACGCACAAUUGAUAGAGUUAGUACUCUUGGUUAGCGAGUUCUUAGGUUUUAUGGAUGUAUGUGUUGGUAUAUUAAGUAUAGUAAUACUUAAUUAUUAUGUUGCUGAAUUUUUUUCUAUCUCAAGCUAUCAUUGUACCAUUAUGCAAAACAAAUGGAGCAGGAAUGACUUCAACAGCUUUAGGAUGAGGAUUCUUCUUUUCUUUGCUUGUCUUUGUUGAGGGUUUCCACAGCAGACAAUUUGUGUGAUGAUUUGGAAAAUUCUUUCCUGAUGCAUCCUUCCUAUUUACCAGCUUUGAGUUGCACUGCCUCAUGCUCUCUGCUGGAAACUAUAUAUGUAUAUAUAGGAUCUACUCAUUGUGUUAGGUAAAUUGUAUGAGAGGAUCUAAGUGAGAGAUUGGUGAUACAGAGAUAAAACAAUGUAUGGAACAAGGGACAGUGUAGAAGGUUUGUGGAUCUGAUUUUUACUGCGAAAACAGUAGUAGGGAAGCAUAUAGUGAAAGAUAAGUCUGAUAGUACUUUCAUGGACCUCAGUAAGACAUGUGGUGGGGUCAAAAGGAAGAUCCCACUAGAGGCCUGAUGACAACUUACCCAUAUAGACAUGGGCAUGAGGAUGAAUUAAUGAAAAAGGUCUGGGAUUGUUGUAGGAUGUGUGAUAUCACCAUGGUUGUUCAUUACUGCUUGGACAGAUGCUUGCAGGAGAGAAAGUGAUAAGGACAAUAGUAAGAGAUAUAGUGCAAAGUUAAGGUUGUAAUGUGCAACAUGACCAAAUAGUGAAAUUAUUAAGAUCUAUAAACAUGGUGCAUACAUCUGAUGAGAAUGAAAUAGAGAGAAGAAUGAGAUGUAGUGUUGAGUGUUCAACAUUACCUAACAAGGAGAUUAUUAAGAUAAUAAACCAUGUGGUAAAUACUUCUGAUAUCAUGUGCAUCGAGGAAACAAUGUUAAAUAUUGAUAAAAUUAGGAUGGUUAUUUUUUGUAAGAAUGAGAGUCCAAGUCAAGAAAAUGAUGAAUGGCAUUAUGGGAAGAAAGGAUAUGGAUUGGAGUAUUCUUCCUAGAAGCUUGAUUGUAAGGUGCCAGGAGUGCUGGCAAGAAUAUUGCCUGAUAUAUAAAUAGAAUGAUUGUAGGUGAUGAGACAAAUGUUGACUUAGUCCAGUAACUGUAGCUCCCCAGAUCACAGCCUUAUUAACCUUCACAUGUCCCUUUUCAUUAGACUCAAGGCCAGCAACUUGUAUCCACUUGUACUUCCCCAAGUCACAACUUUGUGAUCCCUUACAUGACAACUUUUGAGUUGUAUCUUUUUUGUAAUUAUAUAUAUACAUAUGUCUUAUCAUAUUGUAUAUAUAAUUUUUAUUGUUGAUAACCCAGAUAACCACAAUCACCACCAUUAUCAUUAUCAUCACUAUCAUCACCAUUUUAAAAGGGCUCCAUACACAACUAGAAGUCUUCCUUCUGCACAAACAUUGGGCUUAUUAUUAUUAUUUUUUUUAUUAUUCAGAAGUUAAAAACACUUUUACUAUGUUUAGAUAUCAAACUUUUUUCACUCAAGUCACUCCACCAUCCAUACAAUCUGCCAGAACCACCUUUGGGUGUCUCCUCUUGCCACCUUCCUUACACACUUACAUCCUGUCAUAAUGAGUGGGGUGGCUUAGGCAAUAGUGCUUCUGACUACAAUGCAAGAAGCCCCACAUUUGAAUCCUGGUUACAGCCUGGAUUUUUCUGGAACAACUGUCUGCUCCUAGGUUCACCCAGUUUUAAGUGGGUGCCGGGCAGCUAAGACUAGGAACAUAGAAAUGGUGGAGAAAGGAACUGUCCUCCCUACUCCAAAUCUUGAGUUCAUAGUAGAGUGGUAUGCCUUCCCUACACCAGUGCUCACAAAUGAGUACAGCACAUCUUUAAUUUAUUUCUAUAUUUUACUCCCUUUUUAUCCCUAGGCUCUCUGUCUGCUCUCCUCUUGUUCAGGGAUGCACUACAUAUCCAUCUAAUCAUCCUCAUCUCCGUCCAGUUUAACCUCAAACAUCGUCCUCUUCACUGUCUGGGUUGUGUGAGCAAAGUGUUUACACUCCUUGCACAGGCCAUGUAUAGCUAGCUGCCCAUUGGAUUUAUAAAAGAGAAAAUAUGUGGUGAUAUAUUUUUAUAAAUUUUGUGGAUGAAACUUGUGUCUUGUAUGUUUCUCUCUCUCUCUCUUCUUUCAUUCAAACUUUCUUUCCUCUAUCUUACUCUCACCUUCACAGUUAGGUUGGAAGAUGCUAAUAUACUAGGAGUGGGUGAAUCUUGAGUCAAUGAAUUGUAGGUACGACAGACAAUGUUCUACCAUCAUAUUGAUGUGGACCUUGUUUCACCUCUGUAUGUUCAUUAUGAAAGUAACAGUACAAUGAGGGAGUGUUUGAGGUUGAUAGAUAGCUGGAGGAUAUAAUUUUAAAUAAUAAAUAUAUUAUUGUGGGUGGUGGAACAUUACAUAGAGGCAAAGUUUAGACUCAUUGGGUUGGCUGGAACAGUACACCACACAUGUCAUUCACACUCUUUAUUCGAGUCAGUUCCUGGUGGAAGUUAAGAAUAAAUGGUAGUUUCAUGAAUAGACUGGUGCUCUAAAACACAGGAAAUAAUCCAAACAGUCAAGAUUGUAUUUGAAGAGGACUUGACAUAAUACUCAUCAUAGUUUGAAUAAGAACAGAAAAAGAGAGACUACCAAUUGUCUUUAUUAUUUGUAAAUCUGUUUAAUCUCCUCUUAAAACUAUCAGAUGUCUGUACUAACACUUGACAUUGUUUUUGUCUCAUUUUAUGUCUAGCCUGUAAACAUUCAUAUACUCAUUCUUAUGUAUUGCUUAACUAAAGGAAUCUGAUGUGUAUUUCCUUAAAUGUCCAGUCACUACAUGGUAAGGAAUGAGCUUGUAGGUAUGAAUUGCUUGGAAUGACUGCAAAGAAGAAAUUGAGUGUAGUACUGUUUUUGUAUCAAAUGUGCAAUGAGGAGCUGAAUAUUAUAGAAGUGGGAGAUAAGAGGAUUGUGCAUGUAAUGGAGAGUAUGGCUAAAGAAUAAUGUGAAUGGAUGGAGUGAAGAAUGAGAAAGUGUGAGGAAUUGGUGUAGCAAGAGAGUUGGGUGACAGCAAAAGUGGAAGUAUUGCGAAGGUUGGUGUAUGUGGAGAGAGUAGAUGAGGAGAGAUGGGUGAGGAUAACUGGAUCUAAUAUGAGAGAUCUUAAGACUAAGGGAUGGGGAAUGCUACAGUCAGCUGAGCUACAAACCAGUCCAUUCUCGGUGAACUUAAGAAUGUUAUUCCCUUAAAAGUUUAUUCUAUUGUUGUUUGUUGAAUAUGUAUAUGUACUUGGUAUACCAUGAUUUGUUUUUUAUUUGUUGAGCUUUUAAUGUGUAAGUUAAAUAAUUUGAGGACAUUUCUAAAGUAUCCUAAGUAAACUAAUACAUUUGUUAAAGGUGCAAUAUUUAAGUUUGUUAUAUAAGUAAUGAACUCAGUUCUAAAAGAUCAGAAGCUUUAUGCAUUGAAAGAAAACUUCUCACUUUAAUAAUAUCAUUUAAUUCCUGUGAAAGAGAACUGGAUGUGUGAUGUCCAGCAAGUGUGUUCUGAUUUUAUUUCAGGAACUAUUUGUGCCUGGAACUUGUCAGACUAGAGAGAGAGAAAGAGGUGGGUGUAUAAUCAUUAUGUACUUGUCAGGCAGCACCUGGAAGGGGGGAUUUCGAGAGGAUAUAAUAAAUUUUUGUAUGUGGAAAGAAAGGUUUGGUGUAUGAGGUCCAAGAACAUGUGCUAAUGGCAGGCAAAUGUUAGGUGUCUAGAGGUGGAGUGAGAGGCUUAUUGUGACUUUUCCUCUGUCUGAAGUAGAUGACAUUCCUUGAUCCCAGAGCUUCCUUAGUCCAGCCUUGGAAGACUUUGGAUUGUGACUUCCAUGUAAGAGUUAAAUGUAUUUUUCUUGUUGGAUUUUUAAUACUAACUUUUUUUAUGACCAGUGAUCAAUAAAAGUUGUUGAAAAGGU